AUGUUGACCAACCUGAGUCCCCCCACUAUCCCCGCUCCCAUUGCUGGGCCUUCCAGCGCUCCGCCGCAAGCCGUAGCGGGCCCUUCUACAGCGGCGGCGUCGACACCCGCGAUGGCGCCAGCAAGAAGACGCGAGAAGAGCGCGGCGGCUGUAAAGAAGUCGGCACCAGGCUCCAAGCCGAAGAAGAGUGGGAAAAAAGAUCCGGCAGGUCAACCCGCGCCGGAGCCUCGUCCAGUUGCCGCCGGCCCCGCCACAAUGGAGACGCCGUGGGUCGAGGUGGCCAGAAGGAAGAAAAAAGGGCAGACGACAGCAGCGCCAACAACAACCAGCGCGCAGCCGCCAAAACCUUCGCGCCGGAAGGAACCCAAACUGCGGCCGCCACGAUCUGCGGCCGUAGUAAUUUCGUUGACACCGGCAGCAGUGGCGAAGGGCCUGACGUACAAGGGCGUCCACGGACGCACAGAAUCGCGUGGACCUCACCGGCUUGAUAUCUCCAGGCUAAAGCCGAAGUUUACGGCCACGGGCGCCCCGAUGUACGAGGUGCCCGGGCCAAUUCGGAGAGACAGGGCCGACUCCUUCGCC